GAGGUCUCCGUCAGUACAUGUGGACGGGGAAGCGAAGAUGGCGUGUGGCAGUGCAGACCCGGUGACUCUCUUCAUUUCCAUCGGUCUCAGCGAGCAGAAAGCGAAAGAGACGCUGAAAAACGAGGCGCUCAGCGCGGCACUCACGGAGGCCGUCACCCAGGCUCAGGGUGUCCUGGGUGCUGGGGUUGACAAGGGCACAGGCACCCUGCUGUAUAACCUGGCGUCGAAGCUGAAGGAUCAGAAGAGAUUGGGGUUCCUCACAGGGUACAUCGCCCACAAGAAGAUCAGCACAGACCUGCAGCUCAACGCCGCGCUGGACUAUGUGAAGAGUCACCCGGUGGAUCCGAUCAGCACCGAGGAGUUUGAGUGGCAGUGUGGUGUAGGCGUGGUGGUGAGCCCUGAGCAGAUCGAGGACACGGUGGAAGCGAUCAUCAGCAAACACAAAGAGCUGCUCUUGAAAGAGCGCUAUCGAUUUAACAUGGGCCUGCUCAUGGGUGAGGCCAGGAACCAGCUGAAGUGGGCGGACGGGAAGAUAAUCAAGAACGAGGUUGACAUGCAGGUGCUUCACCUCCUGGGCCCAAAGACUGAGGCAGACUUGGAGAAGAAGGCCAAGGCACCAAAGCAGAAAGCUGCAGUGGAGAAUGAGAAGGUGGAGGAGGCUGUAGAGGGGGAUGUGAAGCUGGAAGGAAAGUCUCUGAUGGAGCAGCUCAGAGGAGAGGCGAUGAAAUUCCACAAACCAGGUGAGAACUACAAGACGGAGGGCUACGUCGUGACUCCUAACACCAUGACACUGCUCCAGGAGCACCUGGAACUGACAGGCGGGCAGGUUCGAACACGCUUCCCCCCGGAGCCCAACGGGAUUCUGCACAUAGGCCACGCCAAGGCCAUCAACUUCAACUUCGGCUAUGCCAAGGCGAACAAUGGCAUCUGUUUCUUGCGCUACGACGACACAAACCCCGAGAAGGAGGAGGAGAAAUACUUCACUGGCAUCCGAGACAUGGUGGAGUGGCUGGGUUACAAGCCCUACGCUGUGACCCACGCCUCUGAUAACUUCCAGCAGCUGUAUGACUGGGCUGUGGAGCUCAUCAGGAGGGGUCACGCCUACGUGUGUCACCAGCGAGUGGAGGAGAUCAAGGGACACAACCCCCCUCCCUCCCCCUGGAGAGACAGACCCACUGAGGAGUCACUCCUGCUCUUUGAGGGGAUGAGGAAAGGGAAGUUUAUGGAGGGCGAGGCAACUUUGCGGAUGAAGCUGGUCAUGGAGGAUGGGAAGAUGGACCCUGUGGCGUACCGCAUCAAAUACACCCCCCACCACAGGACUGGAGACACCUGGUGUAUCUACCCCACCUAUGACUACACUCACUGCCUGUGUGACUCCAUCGAGCACAUCACCCACUCCCUCUGCACCAAAGAGUUCCAGGCCAGGCGGUCCUCGUAUUUCUGGCUGUGCAAUGCGCUGGAUGUGUACUGCCCUGUGCAGUGGGAGUACGGCCGCCUCAACCUCACCUACACUGUGGUGUCCAAGAGGAAGAUCGUCAAGCUGGUGGAGACUGGGGCCGUCAGGGACUGGGAUGAUCCCAGACUCUUCACUCUCACUGCGCUGAGGAGGAGGGGCUUCCCUGCUGAGGCCAUCAACAACUUCUGUGCCAGGGUGGGAGUGACGGUUGCCCAGACGACAAUGGAACCCCACCUCCUAGAGGCGUGUGUGCGCGAGGUUCUGAACGACAGCGCCCCGCGAGUCAUGGCUGUGCUGGAGCCACUCAGAGUCACCAUCAACAACUUCCCUGCCCCUCAGCAGAUGGAGGUGAAGGUCCCUGAUUUCCCAGCCGAUGAGAGCCGCGGUUCCCACUCUGUCCACUUCUCCUCCACGGUGUUCAUCGAGCAGGCUGACUUCAGAGAGGUCACAGAGAAGGGGUACAAGCGCCUGACCCCAGACCAGCCGGUCGGACUGCGGCAUGCUGGGUACGUCAUCUCUGUGCAGAAGGUCAUUAAGGACCCCAGCGGGAAGGUGGUGGAGCUGCAGGUGUCCUGUGCCAGAGCCGACGCCAGGGAGAAACCCAAAGCCUUCAUCCAGUGGGUAUCGAACCCGCUGCGCUGCGAGGUGCGGCUGUACGAGAGACUGUUCCUGCACAAGAACCCUGAAGACCCUUCAGAGGUCCCGGGGGGAUUCCUGAGUGAUAUCAACCCUAAUUCCCUGCAGCUGAUUGAAGAUGCGAUGGUGGACCGAUCCGUGGCCGGCGCCAAAGUGUUCGACCAGUUCCAGUUCGAGCGGGUCGGAUACUUCUCUGUGGACCCUGACAGCACCGAAAGCAAGCUGGUGUUCAACAGGACGGUGACACUGAAGGAGGAUCCUGGGAAAAUCUGAUUCAACCUGCCAAGUCCCUCCUCUAUCCCAGAAUCCUCUGGGAACUAGUCGUCGGGGGGGGGGGGGGGGGGUUCUGAAACCCCGAGUUACUUAACGCAAAGCUGACCCCAGGGUGCUGCCAUUCCAGGACAGGUUUGAGUUCAAACCGUGAACCAUGAAAAUAAACAAACCCAUUUUAAUAUUAAAAAUGCACAUUGAAAUUGCCAUGGACUCCUGUCUGAGACUGAGGGGGUCUGUUUAAUGAUCUAAAUCCAGCCAUGCUUUAGCUCUGUGUUAAUCCAGCUGCCCUGUCCCCUCUCCUCCUCCUCUCCCAGGUUCAGUCUCUUUUUUUCUGUUCUCAGGAAGCCUGUAAAUCAUGCAGCCCCUGUUGAAAAUAACAUUUUAAAUCGUGCCAUUUCCUUUUGUGUUUUGAAUUAGUGUCUGUUGAGACACACAGGGGCUAGAUACUCGGUUGGUUUUGCAGGGGUGUUCAGUCACGAUCGGGGAGGGUUACUCCACUCCAGGUUUAACAGGUAAAAUGAGAUAAUGACCUGGAUGGAGGUUUAGUUCGUUCAGUUAAACAGGGUUGGAACAAAGACCUGGACUGGAAGAAUCAGACAUACCCAAUCCCUGAACUAUGGGAUAGAUACGUCUGGGUUCCCUGGAGAUCGGGGUUAAAUAUUCUUGUCCCCCAGGUUUUUGUACCUUGGGUGUGUUUUUUUUUUUUUUGUAUGACGUGAAUGCAAGGAGUUUGAUUUGCAAUAAAAUAUAUUUAAAAGUU